AUGGCUGAUCUGCUACAGAAGGCUAUUAGCACUAUGUCCAUUGAAGAUGAAGCUCCUCUGGUUCUUCCCGAUAGCCCUCAGUUUAUCGUCUGUGAUGAGAAUGCGACGAGUUUGAUGGGUCGCUUACUUAACCCGGAAUGUCAAAACAUGGCGCGUAUGAUUGACUACAUGCCUACCGCAUGGAGGGUCUUUGGAAGGGUGCGAGGCAUUGCGCUUUCUCGAGAUCGAUUUCAGUUCAUAUUUCAACGAGAGGAGGAUCUUCAAACCGUGUUAAAGGAUCGUCCAUGGUCCUACAACCAUUGGGCUAUGGUGUUGGAGAGAUGGACUGCAUCUCCUCCGGAAAAUUUCCUUGGAACAAUGGAGAUAUGGAUCCGUAUCAGAAACAUCCCAGCGUAUCACUUCACCAUUGGUACUAUGGACAGAUUGGCUUCCGAAGUAGGGAAGGUGGAGGAGAUCGCCUAUGAUCCCAAAGUUUCCCACUUUAAGGAUUAUGUUAGAGCUAAAGUGACUUUUAAUGUUGAAAACCCUGCGAAAGCAUCACGGAAGCUGUCUACUAAAUCCGGUGGGACUGUUGACAUUGAGUUUGAAUAUGAGAAAAUUCAUAAGCGUUGCUUUCAUUGUCUCCGUUUGACUCACGAAAAGAUCAGAUGCCCUCUCCUUCGUAGAGGUGCAGGCGGGGCUAAGAUACGGGACGGAACAUCUGGCCCCAAUGCUGUUAAUCCACAUAGUGUUGCAGUGGCUCCUCCUCCUUUGAAGGUUCCACAGCUAGAAGGUCCUCCUGGUUUCCCUCCUCUGUUCCCUGAAUUAUCUCUUGAGGAACAAAAGAUGGCCAUGUUGUACAUCUCCCAUGCUGAUGAGACUGAACGAAGAGCACGCAUUGAACGUGUGAGGCAAGGUAUUGCUGAGAAUGCUCGAGAAUCAGCUAUGCGAAUGGCAAAAAUCACAACUGAGCUUGACAAAGGGAAGGGGCAUGUUUAUCUCUAUCCUGGUGUUACGGGACGCUCGGAAAAAGAGAGAACUCUUCGCUUUUCGGAGCACAACAGUCGUGAGCUUGAGGACACUGGUGAAGACGGUGAAUGCUCAGACACUAACUCUGUCACGUUCUCGGCGCCUGCUAUGAUUUCGACGGGUUUUCAGCUUGGCCCUUCUUCGGAAGGGCGUGUCUCCAGAAAUGCAAAUUCAAAUGCAAGCAAAGGGCAAAGGAAACGUCCUUCUUCCUGGAAAAGGAAGCUGGCUCCAAGGAACUCCAUGGCGCUAGUCUCUAUUGUUUCAGAGGAAGAACCUCAACCAUCAGGGCCCUGUUCGAAAAGGAAACAGAACUCCUCGGUUCCGCUCUCAGACAACAAAACUCCACGACACACAGAAUCUUCGGUGGCUUCCGUAUUGAAGCCGCUGCCAUCCCAAUGA